CGUCAACGCGCUAAAUAUUGAAAGUAUUAUAUUUAUCCAGAAGUAUUAGAAACCAUAGAGAUCAAUAAAAUUCUACUAAAAUGGACAUGAAAAUUGGAGAUCUGUGCUGGGCUAAGAUGAAAGGUUUCCCAUCGUGGCCAGGAAAAAUAAUUGAAGCGCCUCAUUCGGAGAAAUAUCGUUACCUUCAUAAGAAAAAAUUGCAUCACUACAUAUAUUUUUUUUGGUUCUGGCAAUUAUGCUUGGGUGCAAGCUGUGAACAUCAAACCGAAUUCGGAAGAAGCAAUUAAACUGGCUGCCAGGAAAAAAUCAAUACUUUUGCAAAAAGCUCUUCAACAGUUCAAAAGAGAGAUGGCAGGAAAUUUUGAUUUACAGAAAUUAGAAGAAAAAUAUUGCCGUCAAGGCAUUAUUAAGAAAUGUAUGGUAGUAAUUAAACGCGUAAGUUUAAAUACGUCCAAUCUUAAACGAUCAAAUUCAUUUCUUUUAAAUGAAGUUUUUUCUCCUGAACUAUGCACCAAUGAAACUGUCGAGCCGCAGAAAAAGAUCAGGAAAACUGAUGAUUCGGCAGUGAAUGCAGACAAUAUGGUGGAUAACGGCAGCAAUAAAUCUGCUAAAUGCCAAGAAACAGUUCCUAAAAAGUUCGGCUUUAUUGGUCGUGGAAAACUGGGAAAAGAAAUUGUCGAAAAUUUGUUAAAGUCUAAAUGUGACUUUACCAUCUGGAGUCAAACUGCGGAAGAAUAUGGUUUAAAUAAGGAAACGCAAACCGCUGAUUCUUUCUUGGCUCUUAUCGUUAACAGCGACAUCAUACUUUGCUGUAUUUACACAGAAGAUGAUACUCAGUCGAUUUUUAGAGGAAACAAAGGUAUCUUGCGAAGUUUCACCAACUAUCAAAACAAAGGGAAAGGUUUUGUACUUAUGGCCAAUAUAGAUCUGCAAUUUUCUGCAGAAAUAGCUACCUCCAUUCAAUCCAGUGGCGGCAGAUAUAUAACAGCACCUUUCCUAAGGUCCGAAAUGGACGGUACUAAUGAAGAGUUGUUAAUCUUGUGUUCAGGAGACGAAUCCUUGUUUCAUGAUUGCGAAACAAUAUUUACAAGCUUUAAAAGGAUAAAAUAUUUUGGACCAGACACAGAAUUAGCGCCAAAACUUCAUACAGUGUUAGGAUUGUUUAUAAAUUCCAUCAGCAAAUCCUACAAGGAAGCAAGAAAUUUAAUUCAGGAGCUCAAAUUGCCAAUUCAGACAUUCAAUGACUUGUUGAAAAUCGUAUUUGAUGAAAAUUUUCUGGCCACUUUGUAUGACCAUCCGCUUGAAAGAAUAUUUAGUAAAAAUGACAAGAUAAGAUUUUUUAUAGAAAAUCUAAACCUUAAGACUUUACUUGCCGCUAAUUUUUCUUCUUCCUGUUCUAAUACGCAAAAAAAGUUCUGAAUAACUUUCAUAAAGUUCUCGCUUCAGUUUAACUGAAGAUAUUUUUUAUCUUAAUAUCUAAGGAUCAUAUCAAGUGUCUUUUGUCAGUUUAAUGUUUAAAAAAAAUGAAU